AUGUCGGGCUUUUUCGGCAGCACGAACAACAACUCGACCGGCUUUGGAGGGUUUGGUGCGAGCAACAACAGCGCAGGCUUUGGCGCGAGCAACAACGCCUCGACCGGAGGCUCGAUCUUCGGCGGUGGUAAUACAGCUGCGCCGACCUCGGGCGGGUUUGGAAGCACCGGUGGAUUUGGGUCCACUAAUACUGGAUUCGGCGCAAAACCUGCUGGAGGGUUUGGUGCACCGGCCUCGACAGGAGGUGGACUGUUCGGUGGCGCAGGAACCAACACGACGGCGUCGACGGGAUUUGGAAGUGGUGGAGGCGGAUUCGGAGCAUCGAACACGGCGAGCACGGGAUUUGGAGCGAGUAAUGCUGGCGGAGGCCUUUUCGGCGCCAAACCUACCGCAGGAGGAUUUGGCAGCACAGCCAAUACUGGCAGCACCAUGUUUGGAGGAGGUGCCGCCAGCAACACCAGCGCCUUCGGAAACAAUGCGGCCACCUCGAAUCCUUUCGCAUCCAACACAGCGACUACCGGGUUUGGCGCGAGCAACACCACCACCAAUACCACCAGUGGAUUUGGCGGAGGGUUUGGCGCAUCAGCCCCUGUAACGAGCAACAACGGCACUAGCGGGACCCCAUUCCAGGCUUUCACCGAAAAAGAUGGCACUGCCAAUCAGACGGCCCACUACCAGUCAAUCACAUUCCAGCAACCUUAUCAAAACAAGAGCUUUGAGGAGUUGAGGGUCGAAGACUACAUGCAGGGCAGACGAUACGGCAACACCAACGGACAAGCCGGUAGCUUCGGCCAGACUACUGGAUUUGGUGGAAGCGCGUUCGGCAGCAACAACACCUCUGCUGCCCCGAGUGGUGGGCUCUUUGGUGCUAACAACACCACGACAAAUUCGACAGCGGGAGGGUUUGGUGGGUUUGGAGCCAACAAUAAUACUGCUUCCACAGCUACUGGUGGCUUUGGAAGCAACAACACGGGAGGAGGUCUGUUCGGGGCGAACAAGCCUGCAGGUGGCCUCUUUGGCGCAAGCGCAACCACUGCCGCGCAGACCGGCGGAUUUGGAAGCACUGCUGGUAGCACAGGAGGGCUUUUCGGAGGUGGAAGCACGGGGGGAUUCGGCGCGAACAACACUGCCAGUACUGGCGGCAAUCUGUUUGGUGGAGCAGGCGCGGCGAAGCCCGCAGGUUUUGGAGGGUUUGGCGCAGCGCAGCCCGCAACAGGCGGUUUUGGAAACAAUACAAGCACCAACACGGGAAGCGGACUCUUCGGCGCCAGCACGAACAACACUGCAAGCACUGGAGGUGGCUUGUUCGGUGCGACCAACAACAACCAGCAGCAACAGCAGCAGAGCAAUCCUUUCGGAGCCUCGACAGCCAACAAUAACAGCGGAGGACUCUUUGGGCAAAAGCCUGCUACUGGCGGCCUAUUCGGCAGCAGCACGAACACGGGCACUACCGGUGGCCUCUUUGGAGCCAACAACAACAAUCAGCAGCCCGCGCAGCAGAGCGGUGGUCUAUUCGGAGCGAGCAAUACCAACACCAACACUGGCGGUGGCCUGUUCGGCGCCAACAACACCGCUAAGCCUGCUGGCGGCCUCUUCGGCUCCAGCACGACUGGCAACAGCGGAGGACUCUUCGGAGGAGCAAAUAACAACCAGCAGCAGAACUCUGGCGGUGGCUUGUUCGGCGGCAACAACAACGCUGGCUCGUCCCUGUUCGGUGGGAACAAUCAGAACAAGCCUGCAUCCGGAGGGUUGUUCGGCAGCACAUCCAACAGCGGCAAUACCGGCGGUCUUUUCGGCAACAACAACAGCCAGCAAAACCAACAGAACAACUCGGGUGGCAGCUUGUUCGGCGGGCUCGGCCAAAGCAACAACAACCAACCGCAGAACAACUCGAUGUUUGGAUCGACCCAGAGCAACAACCCGAACCAGCAGAGUCAGCUUCACGCCAAUCUCACCGUCUCGCCAUAUGGCAACGAUCAGCUGUUCAGCUCGCUCACUGCAUCAUCCACCCCAGUCGGACCACUUGCCACACCACUCGCCGGAGCGAGACCGACCCCAUCUAAGACUCCUAGCUUACUUUCCAGCACUCGUCUCAACUCCCCAAUCUACACGCCUCGAGCGAGCACCCUUGGACGCAACCCUGGUUACGGUUUCAGCUACUCGACCUACGGCACACCUGGAUCUGCCUACUCCGUCAGCCUGACCCCACAAGCUAGCAGCUUGCUGAGACCCACUGGCAGCCUUGGCAGCGCUCUCACCAGCAGACUCUCCAAGAGCAUGUCUAUGAACAGCCUUCGCGGUGUCGAGGGCAGUCCUCGUGGUGAAGGGGAGAGUCUACUUCGUCCUACUCCAGGCAGUGCCUCUAGCAGGUACCUGAAUUCUGGCAGCAUGCGCAAGCUCAACAUUGAUCGCAGCAUGAGCCAUGAGGCUUUCAGACCAAAGCAAGUCGACACGACGCGCGAGAUUGAAGGUCAUGCUUUAAGGAAACAGGUCAGCUUCGAUGGACCUGCGGAGAAGGCUAUCCCGUCAAACGCUGAGCCAAGCCCUGCCAACGCUCUUGUACGCACCGAGGAGCCUGAGAGGGAGGAGUCUCCGCAGAAUCUUUUCCGUGCCGCGCCCACUUCCAAGUCGCAGAGCAAUGGAGCGCCAGAAAUGCAACAGGUCAAUGGGAACUCGUCCCUGACAACUGUGUUUGAGAACGGCGACCAACGUCCGUCUACAGCACCGAGCACCGGUGCGCCAGCCGAGAAGAUUCCAAGCAGGGCCAUCAAGAUUGGCAACUACUCCACUAUUCCUUCGAUCAAGGAUCUGAAAAACAUGUCGAGGACGCAGUUGUCCACCCUUGGCGGACUCACAGUCCGCCGGGAUGGAGUCGGGCGCAUCGAGUUUGGCCCUUGCGACCUGACCACCACCAAUUUGGACGAGAUUUGUGGCGACGAUGACGGCAAGGGCAUUGUUCAUUUGAAGCUCCGCUCUGCUACCGUGUAUCCGGACGAAGCCACCAAGCCAGCACGUGGCAAGGGUCUGAACGUUCCAAGCACCAUCUACUUGGAGAACUCGUGGCCAAAGAGCCACGGUGGCAGGAAAGCCGUUCUCGCGAAGAGUGGUCCUGCCUACGAGAAGCAUCUACGCCGACUCAAGCAGACCGGUGGAACCAAGUUCCUCAAUUAUGACGCCGAUACGGGUACUUGGUCGUUCACCGUGCAGCACUUCACCACCUACGGCCUCGACGAUGAUGACGAUGAGGAGGACUCCACGGAGGACAUGGACAUGCAGCAAGAGUCUAGCGAACUCAGUGAUGCUCCGGAGACGCCUGGCCGUGCAGAGGACGACACAAUGCAAAGCAUCGAGACUGGCAACGGCUCUGGCGACGUGGACGAUACUUUUGAGUUCAAGCUCAACAAGCGCUCCAUGUCGAGUGUGCAGAGUGCGCGUGGCGUGCCGGGUGGAUUUAACGAGUCGCACAUCUCCUACGACUAUGAUGAUCCGAGCGCAGACGAGGAUUUGGACGGAGAUCACUUGAUGUCAGGCGGUCUUGGGAACGACGCGGAAGACCCGUUCAUCUCUCCCAACGGCGGUGCUGUGCAGGCUCCAACGCGCGGCGAAUAUGACCGCUAUCACUCCAGUAUGGCGCUUGACGACAAUGAUGGUACGAUGGCAGUUGCUGAGGAACAACAGAAAUCUCCGGAACCCGAGUUUCCAGGCUCUUUCGCUGCUGAAGAGCCAAGGCUCCUCCGCUCCAUUCUCAAGCCCACCUCUGGGUCCGCCGCGUUCAACUCUCCUCAAAAGCUCGCCACCGAAAACUGGGAAGACCAGCUGCAACGCACCAUGAGCCCCAAGAAACGCGAUCGCCAGUACCUUCGAGGACUUCAGCAAAGCGCGCGAGUACAGGCGCCGACGGAUGACGUGGUCGAGAGCCCGUUCAAGCGCAGCAUGCUCGGCCAAAGCGCACUUGGUCAGAGCUACCUUGCUCAGAAGAGCGCGAAGAAAGUUGGCUUCGGUGGCAGCGUGAUGUUCGCGGAGCCGACUGACUUUGGAAAGAGCCAGGCGUUCCGCACGUCAAUGGACAUUAUGAACUCUCUCUGGUCGCAAGAGAAGAACGGCAAGAAGACGGCGUCUGCCACACGAGGCUUUGAGAAACCAUACUCCAAGAAGCCUCGCCUCUCCGCCGGUGACCUCGAUGAGAACGACGCGGGCUUCCACGACAGCAUGAAGCCCUCCUUCAGCAACGGUGGCACGAUUGUCUAUUCUGUUGAUGGUUCAACUCGGCCCAUCUCCGACCCUCUCCAGACCGCCCUUCAGCCACUUGUCAGCGAACACAAAGAGGUUCGCUUUGCCAAGUGGGUCGCCGCAACCGAUAUCAACACUCCGACCUUGACCGCGCAGAAGAGCCUCACUGACGUCGACAUCGUCGACGGCUUCCCUCGCGCGAAUACCUCGGCUGCCAUCAGCUUCACCAACAUGGCGGAUUGCGCAACUUUCGAUCACGAAAUCGCUAUCUGGCGCGUCGCAGGCGGUCUGCUCGAUCGCAUUGAAGUUGCGUGCCCGAAACUCGUCCAGGGCUUGGACGAGCAGCAGAUCGGGCACUACGAAUCCCGCCUGCGUAAGGAUGGCUUCUCAGACAUGUGGUCAGGCCUUGUGCGAAGCUCAGUCGAAGAGCAGCUCGGUCUGGUGAGGAUUGCCGAAGAGAAGGCGCUCCUUCAUCUGACCAAGAAUGAUGUUGCCGCAGCUUGCGACGCGCUGGUGGCCGGCAAAGACUUCAAGCUCGCAACACUGGUGUCUCAACUUCCCGGCGACCACGCUAGCCGCGGUCUGAUGCAGAAUCAGAUCGCUGCCUGGUGCGAGCGUAACGACUGGUCUGAAUUCCCCGAAGCUACGCGUGCGCUGUAUUCCAUCCUCGCAGGUUACGUGUGCACAAUUCCUGGAAAGACUGGACCCGCUGAGAACCGCGUGAAGGAAGUCUGCAUCUCGGAGCAGUUCGGUUUGACUUGGAAGCAGAGCUUUGGACUGAGGCUGUUCUUUGGCGGUCAUGCUACCAUCAUUGAGGCUGUCCAGGCUUACUGCAGCGACCUCGCAGACAAGAAGGAGGAGGUUCUUCCAACCCCGACGUGGGCGGCUGCAGGUGAGGGUGAAGGUCGGGAAGACGCUAUCAUGGGCCUCCUGCGCCUGUCCACUAAGCGCGCAGAUCUCGAGGCCCUCUUUGACCCCAAAACCGUGUCUGGCAGCGCCGUCAACUCUCGCCUGGCAUGGCAGAUGGCCACUCAGCUUCGCGCUCAAGGCUACUGCUCGAAACUGCCCGAUGAAAAGCUCGACCAGCUCACAACCAGCUACGCUUCCGAGCUAGAAGCCGCCGGCUCAUACGUCACUUCCACAUGGAUUCUCCUUCACCUCCGUUCCGCCGACACUCGCCUUAGGGCAGUGAUCGACAUUCUCCAGCGCAACGGCGGCAGAAUUCCCAAUCCGGCCACCACCGAUCCUGACUACUUUGAUGUCCUCAGCGUGGAGAACAAGAUCCCAGCUGAAAUGCUGUGGUCCGCCAAAGCCCUGCACGCUCGAGCUGAGUUGAAUGACCCCUGGCUGCAGACACAGUAUCUACUCGACGCGCACUCGCUCGAUGAAGCGCACGAUGUCAUCUGUGCUACUCUCGGUCCCAAAGCCGUCAUCGAGCGAGACUACAAGCCUCUUUCGGACCUGCUCACGCGCUUUCCCAUUCAGAAACCAGAAGGCUGGGCGCAAGGCGGCGCGGUCUUCUCCGACUUUGCACGCUUGAUGGGUUUGAACAACAGCAGGAAAUUCGGCCGUGAGGGAAAGACGCUGGCGGAGAAGUUGAGAGUCGGCCUGGCGGCAAUGGAAGGUGUGGAGAGGAACAUGGGCUUGGAGGAGAAGGUCGCGAUGGUGGAGAUGGGAACGGUGUUGAAAGAUGAACUGAGGCAGAUGGCGAUUCAUGGGGAGGGGUUUGACGCUGAAGACGUCGAGAUGGGCGACGUGAGGAGCGACGGCACGGGCUCUGCGUUCCUGAGGUAUCGCGAGGCCUUGGGCGUGGUGGUUUAG